AAACCACAUGAGUGUCAUGAAUGUGGCCAAGCUUUUAGUGAAAACUCAUCCCUUAUAAUACACCAGAGAAUCCACACCAGAAAGAAAUCUUAUGAAUGUAAUCAAUGUGGAAAGACUUUCAGAUUUAGGAACGAUAUUGCUGUACAUGAGAGAAUCCACACUGGAGAGAAACCUUAUGAAUGUAAUCAAUGUGGAAAGGCUUUUACACAGAGAGGCGGUCUUACUGUACAUCAGAGAACCCACACAGGAGAGAAACGUUAUGAAUGUAAUCAAUGUGGAAAGACUUUCAGAUGUAGCUCUAGUCUUCCUGUACAUCAGAGAACCCACACUGGAGAGAAACUUCAUGAAUGUAAUCUAUGUGGAAAGACUUUUACCCAGAAGGGUGGUCUUACUGUACAUCAGAGAACCCACACUGGAGAGAAACGUUAUGAAUGCAAUCAGUGUGGAAAGACUUUCAGAUACAGCUCCAGUCUUCCUGUACAUCAGAGAGUCCACACUGGAGAGAAACCUUAUGAAUGUAAUCAAUGUGGAAAGGGUUUCAGAUCCAGCUCCAGUCUUACUCAACAUUGGAGAAUCCACACUGGAGAGAAACCAUAUGAAUGUAAUCAGUGUGGAAAGACUUUCAUAAAGAGGGCCAGUCUUACUUUACAUGGCAGAAUCCACACUGGGGAGAAACCUUAUGAAUGCAAUCAAUGCGGAAAGACUUUUGGAUGCAGUACCAGGCUUGCUCUACAUGAGAGGAUCCACACUGGAGAAAAACCUUAUGAAUGUAAUCAGUGUGGAAAGGCUUUUACACAGAGGGCCAGUCUUGCUUUACAUGAGAGAAUCCACACAGGGGAGAAACCUUAUAAAUGUUAUCAAUGUGGAAAGGGUUUCAGAUCCAGCACCAAUCUUGCUGUACAUCAGAGAAUCCACACUGGAGAGAAACCGUAUCAAUGUAAUCAUUGUGGAAAGACUUUUACAGAAAGGAGCAGUUUUACUGUCCAUCAGAGAACCCACACUAAAGAGAAACCUUAUAAAUGUAAUCAAUGUGGAAAGGCUUUCACGCAGAGGGCCAGUCUUGAUCACCAUCAGAGAAUCCACACUGGAGAGAAACCAUAUGAAUGCAAUCAAUGUGAAAAGACUUUCAGAUACAGCUCCAGUCUUACUGUACACCAGAGAAUCCACACUGGAGAGAAACGUUAUGAAUGCAAUCAAUGUGGAAAGACUUUUACAGAGAGGAGCAGUUUUACUGUACAUCAGAGAACCCACACUGGAGAGAAACCUUUUGAAUGUAAUCAAUGUGGAAAGACAUUCAGAACCAGAUCUGGUCUUGCUGUACAUCAGAGAAACCACACUGGGGAAAAACCUUAUAAAUGUAAUCAGUGUGGAAAGGCUUACCCUCAGAGGGCCAGUCUUGAUCAUCAUCAGAGAAUCCACACUGGAGAGAAACCUUAUGAAUGUAAUCAAUGUGGAAAGACUUUCACAUGCCGCUCCAGUCUCACUGUACAUCAAAGAAUCCACACUGGAGAGAAACCUUAUAAGUGUAAUCAGUGUGGAAAAACUUUUAGAUGUAGCUCCAGUCUUCCUGUACAUCAGAGAAUCCACAAUGGAGAGAAACCUUAUGAAUGUAAUCAAUGUAGAAAGACUUUUACACAGAGGGCUGGUCUUACUGUCCAUCAGAGAAUCCACACUAAAGAGAAACCUUAGGAAUGUAAUCAAUGUGGAAAAAACCAUCCAAAAGAAAGAACUUGCUGAACAUCAGAGAAUCCACACUGGACAAAAACUU